UUUAAGAAAUCUCAAGCGGAUAAAAGGAUAGACCAAACUCCAUCAUCAGCUUUUUUGCUCCGAGAAAACCACUUUAACGGUCAUGGAGGCCGUACAUUUCCCGACCGUGUCUUCCCGCCAUUUCUCCACCACCUCCAGAAAUCUUUGCGAUUCUAACCGGAAACCCACGAGUCCCAAGUUCGGCUCUUCUUCAUGGACUUCUUCACGCUCUCCCACUCGCCUCUCUUCUCGAAACUUGUUCACUAGAGAGUUAUGGGGUUGGGUGAAUGCCAAGAAUAUUACCAGCGGUAGAAAAGAGUUGCGAGGAGUUGUGAGAGCUGAAAUGUUUGGCCAGUUGACCAGUGGCCUUGAAUCGGCUUGGAACAAGCUCAAGGGCGAAGAUGUUUUGACGAAGGAGAAUAUUGUGGAGCCAAUGAGGGAGAUAAGGAGGGCGCUUUUGGAAGCUGAUGUGAGUCUUCCUGUUGUGAGAAGGUUUGUGCAAGCUGUCAGUGACCAGGCUGUUGGUGUUGGCGUUAUUCGUGGAGUCAAACCCGAUCAGCAGCUGGUCAAGAUUGUGCGUGAUGAGCUAGUGAAACUGAUGGGAGGGGAGGUAUCUGAACUUUCUUUUGCAAAAUCCAAGCCCAGUGUUAUUUUAUUGGCUGGUUUACAAGGAGUGGGGAAGACGACAGUCUGUGCAAAAUUAGCUUAUUACCUUAAGAAACAGGGGAAGAGUUGUAUGCUAGUUGCUGGUGAUGUGUACCGACCUGCUGCUAUUGACCAACUUGUAAUAUUGGGUGAACAGGUAAAAGUGCCUGUAUAUACAGCAGGGACUGACACUAAACCUUCACAAAUAGCUAAGGAAGGUUUGAAGGAAGCCAAAAAGAAGAACAUAGAUGUAGUAAUAAUGGAUACUGCUGGAAGGCUUCAGAUAGACAAAGUAUUGAUGGAUGAGUUGAAAGAAGUAAAGCGGGUAUUGAACCCCACCGAAACCUUACUUGUUGUGGAUGCAAUGACUGGCCAGGAAGCUGCGGCCCUGGUCACAACAUUCAAUGUAGAGAUAGGAAUUACUGGAGCUAUUUUAACAAAGCUAGAUGGAGAUUCUAGAGGUGGAGCAGCUUUAAGUGUCAAAGAGGUAUCAGGAAAGCCAAUUAAGCUUGUUGGCCGAGGAGAGCGGAUGGAGGACCUUGAACCUUUUUACCCCGAUCGCAUGGCAGGACGAAUAUUGGGAAUGGGAGACGUUCUCUCUUUUGUGGAAAAGGCACAAGAAGUUAUGAAACAAGAAGAUGCUGAAGAAUUGCAAAAGAAGAUUAUGAGUACAAAGUUUGACUUCAAUGAUUUCCUAAAGCAAACUCGUGCUGUUGCACGUAUGGGAUCCAUGACUCGAGUUCUUGGAAUGAUCCCUGGUAUGGGAAAGGUUACUCCUGCACAAAUUCGAGAGGCAGAAAAGAGUUUAUUGAUAAUGGAAUCUAUGAUCGAAGCAAUGACACCUGAGGAAAGGGAGAACCCAGAAUUGUUGGCCGAAUCUCCCGUUAGGAGAAAAAGAAUAGCUCAAGAAUCUGGAAAAACAGAGCAGCAGGUGAGCCAACUUGUUGCUCAACUCUUCCAAAUGAGGGUUCGUAUGAAGAAUCUUAUGGGUGCAAUGGAAGGCGGUGGUUCUAUACCUGGACUGAACAAUCUCGAGGAAGCCCUCAAAGUUGAUCAGAAGGCUCCAGCUGGUACUGCAAGGCGUAAGCGACGAUCUGAACCAAAAUUUAGUGACUCGGCAUCAAGGCCUAGUCCUCGUGGAUUCGGAGCCAGGAACUGAGAGAGCACAGGAAGGGAGAAUCCAGGCCAAUGAGUUGUGAGCUCUGGAUAUGUUGCUAUUCAUUUUGCUUACAACCUGCGAAAUAUUACUGCAUCAUGUACAUGAUUGCAGUACUAUUGUCAAAUCGAUUUUCCUGCAAUAGUCGGUGCAAAUCCAACAUUAUACAUCGAGUUGCACACUGCCUGUACGUAGUCUAUUUUGUAUUAGUGAGAAGCAUUCAGCCAUUCCUGAGAAUUGUUACUCUGAUCUGAAGUAUUUCAUGGACUUCUGUGUAUUAGAAAAAUUGUUGGAAUGUCGAUUUGGUGUAAGAAUAAUGAAGUCUAUGGGCUACGGACCUGUCUUUAACGUUUCUAAUUGUGGAUUGUAUAGCCCUAGAGAAAAAGUCACCCAAUAUUUUUGGUAGUUGAUGACAAGGAUGCAAUUCAGACCCAGAAAAAUAUAACAAACAUUGCAGGUUGAGAUCCUACAUUGCGGACACGUGUCCUAUGACAAGCCUUAUAAUGUCUCUUUUUGUUUCUAAUCUCUCUUUCCCCAACCCUCUAUGCCAAGAAAAUUAGAACUCUUCCAAAUUGAAGGACAUUUUGUUUUCAUUUCCCUUUGCAGUUUCAAAAUGGCAAGCCCAAAAAUGAAGGAGACAUCUUCAAAGUAUCCCGAGGGUGAUGCAGAUGCUGAAUUGAAUCCAGGCAAAAAGAAGAGUGUUGAAGUCGAUCCCAAAGCGGCUGAAGUUACAUCCUUGCAGAUCAAGCAACGAGCGGAGGCUGAAGACAACAAGAAAAAGGAAAAGAAGGAGAAGAAUGAAGCGGCACAAUCGCUGAAAACAACCAUCAUAGUCUCAGGAGUGAUAGUGGCUCUGAUUGGGGCAAUUUUCGCCAUAACCAAGAAACUCAGACAGAAAUGAACGAAUCCGAUCAUCAGAAACCAGCCAUUAUAUAGAAAGCAGUGGAAAGUUUGCACCCCUUUCCCCCGUUUGUUUCUGUUACCUUCUUUUUCUUAUGCUUUUGAAUUGCCCAUGCAGUGAUUUCUGAUGUAGAUUAGUAAAGGGCGUCCCUUUCUCUGUCAAUUAUACAUGAAUGGGUUAUGAAAUCUGACAAAGUGUUCCUGUUGUUUAUCAGAAGAUUAAAUAAAUUGAGUUUCCUGUGAUC